UGGCCUCUUCCUGGGCUGAGGUGACCGGGCUCCAACUAUAGGGCCAAGGGCCAAGGUGACUCAUGCCAGGGGAGCCUGAGUCCCACCUGGGAAACUGCACACCUCUGCACUCCCCAGCUACCCCCUGGCAGCCCCAGGUUCCCCUAGGGACUGAAAGCUCCAGCCUGGGUGGAGAGGGUGGUGCCGGUGCCUGAGAAGCAGGCUUCUCCUCGGGAUAUUUACUUGGAAAUUUUAUUCAAAUGGAGCUGGCGCCUGAGCUCUCCUUGGGGACUCCAGGGGGGUGGGGAGGGCUGGGACUAGCUUCCCCCUUCCUCUUCUGGGCGCCUGGCCACCCUGAGUCCCAGCUGUUCUCAGCCUUCCUACAAGCUGGCUACAGUGAGCCAGGCCCCUGCACCCACCCCUCCUGCCUCAGGCCCCUUCCGAAGGGUCCCAGGACUCACUGGCCUUGGGGAGUGAGUGUCGGGCUGCAGGCCUCUGCUCCCUUGGCCAUUCUUCCCCAGCCUCCUCCUCCCUUCCGUUUCCGAGGGAGGCUGCUGUGGCCCAGCAUGGGGCAGAGGGGCCGGCCGGGCUCACCCGCCCCUUCCCCUCUGCGGCCCGCCCUGGCCUGGGCCAACUGAAACCGCGAGAGGAGGAAGCGCCGAACCAGGAACUGGCCGGGUCCGUGUGGGCCUAAGUCAUCCACAGCUGCCCAGGAGCAGGAGCAGCUGCCUGCGAGGGUAACUCCAGCCCAGGGCCCCAGGAGGCAUUGCAAGGACGCCACCAUGGGCUUCUCUUCGGAGCUGUGCAGCCCCCAAGGCCACGGGGCAGUGCAGCAGAUGCAGGAAGCUGAGCUUCGCCUGCUGGAGGGCAUGAGGAAGUGGAUGGCCCAGCGGGUCAAGAGCGACCGGGAAUAUGCAGGGCUGCUCCAUCACAUGUCCCUGCAGGAUGCUGGGGGCCAGAGCCGGAGUGGUGGCCUGGACAGUUCCGUCAACCAGUCCUGGGCUGAGAUCACCAGCCAGACCGAAGGGCUGAGCCGAGUGUUGCGGCAGCACGCAGAGGACCUGAACUCAGGGCCACUGAGCAAGCUGAGCCUGCUGAUCCGGGAGCGGCAGCAGCUGCGCAAGACCUACAGUGAGCAGUGGCAGCAGCUGCAGCAGGAGCUUACCAAGACCCACAGCCAGGACAUCGAGAAGCUGAAGAGCCAAUACCGAGCCCUGGCCCGGGACAGCGCCCAAGCCAGGCGCAAGUACCAGGAGGCCAGCAAAGCAGACAAGGACCGGGACAAAGCCAAGGACAAGUACGUGCGCAGCCUGUGGAAGCUGUUUGCCCACCACAACCGCUAUGUGCUGGGUGUGCGGGCCGCACAGCUGCACCACCAGCACCACCACCAGCUUAUGCUGCCCAGCAUGCUGCAGUCCCUGCAGGACCUGCACGAGGAGAUGGCGCACGUGCUGAAGGAGAUCCUGCAGGAGUACCUGGAGAUUAGCAGCCUGGUGCAGGACGAGGUGGUGGCCAUUCACCAGGAGAUGGCUGCAGCUGUGGCCCGUAUCCAGCCCGAGGCGGAGUACCAGGGUUUCCUGCAACAGUACGGCUCUGCCCCUGACGUCCCACCCUGUGUCACCUUCGAUGAGUCACUGCUUGAGGAGGGUGAGCAGCUGGAGCCCGGGGAGCUGCAGCUGAACGAGCUUACCGUCGAGAGCGUGCAGCACACGUGGGUGGCAGCCUGGCAAGGGCCCCGGGGGUUCCCUGCAGACCACGGGUGUCAUGUGGGCAGGCUGACCUCGGUGACAGAUGACCUCGCGGUGGCCACCGAGACUGUGCUGAGCCGGAAGGAGGCAGUCAGCCAGCUGCAAAGAGAGCUCUGGAGUGAGGAGCAGAAAACCCACCCCCGAGAGCGGGUACAGCUGCUGGGCAAGAGGCAGGCGCUGCAGGAGGCGCUGCAGGGGCUGCAGGUUGCGCUGUGCAGCCAGGCCAAGCUGCAGGCCCAGCAGGAGCUGCUGCAAACCAAGCUGGAGCAGCUGGGCCCCGGUGAGCCCCCAGCCGUGCUGCUCCUGCAGGAUGACCGCCACUCCACCUCAUCCUCGGAGCAGGAGCGAGAGGGGGGAAGGACGCCCACGCUGGAGAUCAUCAAGAGCCACUUCUCAGGAAUCUUCCGCCCCAAAUUCUCUCUCCCCCCACCGCUGCAACUGGUUCCUGAGGUGCAGAAGCCCCUGCACGAGCAGCUGUGGUACCACGGGGCCAUCCCACGGGCGGAGGUGGCAGAGCUGCUCACGAACUCCGGGGACUUCCUGGUGCGGGAGAGCCAGGGCAAGCAGGAGUACGUGCUGUCGGUGCUGUGGGAUGGCCUGCCACGCCACUUCAUCAUCCAGUCCUCCGACAAUCUGUACCGCCUGGAGGGUGAUGGCUUUCCCAGCAUCCCCUUGCUCAUCGACCACCUGCUCUGCUCCCAGCAGCCCCUCACCAAGAAGAGUGGAGUUGUCCUGUAUAGGGCAGUGCCCAAGGACAAGUGGGUGCUCAACCACGAGGACCUGGUGUUGGGUGAACAGAUUGGGCGGGGCAACUUUGGUGAAGUGUUCAGCGGGCGCCUUCGAGCGGACAACACACUGGUGGCAGUGAAGUCUUGUCGGGAGACACUGCCUCCUGACCUCAAGGCCAAGUUUCUACAAGAAGCCAGGAUCCUGAAGCAGUACAGCCACCCCAACAUUGUGCGGCUCAUCGGUGUCUGCACCCAGAAGCAGCCCAUCUACAUUGUCAUGGAGCUGGUGCAAGGGGGCGACUUUCUGACCUUCCUGCGGACCGAGGGAGCCCGCCUGCGUGUGAAGACACUGCUGCAGAUGGUGGGGGAUGCAGCUGCCGGCAUGGAGUACUUGGAGAGCAAGUGUUGCAUCCACCGGGACCUGGCUGCUCGAAACUGUCUUGUGACAGAGAAGAAUGUCCUGAAGAUCAGUGACUUUGGGAUGUCCCGGGAGGAGGCAGAUGGGAUCUACGCAGCCUCAGGGGGCCUCAGACAAGUACCUGUGAAGUGGACUGCUCCUGAGGCCCUUAACUAUGGCCGCUACUCCUCUGAGAGUGACGUGUGGAGCUUUGGCAUCUUGCUUUGGGAGACCUUCAGCCUGGGGUCCUCGCCCUACCCCAACCUCAGCAACCAGCAGACAAGGGAGUUUGUGGAGAAGGGUAAGGGACCUGCGCAUGUCAGCAGCCCAGGCUACAGCCCACCCCCCCAUGCUUCCUUCUCCUUUGGCUUCCUACCCUUCCUACUGGAGCCAGGUAAGAAAUCCUCUAAGCCAGACAUAGUGGUGCACUCUGAAGGGCUGAGGCAGCAGGAUUGCAAGUUUGAGCCCAGUUUGCACAACUUUAGUGAGACCCUGUCUCAAAAAAAUAAAAAAAGGACAUGAGAAAAAUUUAAAAACCUCAGUAUGAAGGCCCUGGGUUCAAUCCCCAGGACCACAAAAAACAACAAAAAGAGAAUCAUCCUAUAGCUCCCCCUGAGUAGAGCACUUAUCUACGCCAAAUUCAUCAGCUCAUUUGCUCUUUCCUAUGUAAGGUGGGAUCAACAUGUCCCUUUUGCAGAUGGAAACACUGAGCCUUGCAGAGUCAUCCAACCAGCAGAUGGGGAGGUGGAGAAUAGAACCAGGGCUUCUGUCCUGGGAUCUGUGGUGUAAACAAGAGUGGCUCCUUAGGGACAGCACUUCAUGAGCAGCUCCUGUUGCUCACAGCUGGCCCCAGGGGACCCCUCCUCAUGCCCAGUGUUGUGCCUGUCCUCCCAGGGGGUCGCCUGCCCUGCCCGGAGCUGUGCCCUGAUGCCGUGUUCCGGCUCAUGGAGCAGUGCUGGGCCUACGAGCCUGGGCAGCGGCCCAGCUUCAGCACCAUCUCCCAGGAGCUGCAGAGUAUCCGGAAGCGGCAUCGGUGAGGCUGGGGCUCCUGUGCCAGCCUGUGGCAUCUGCAGGCUGAAAUGUACCUCCUCUGCAGCUCUGGCUCACACCGAGGGACAGCACUCCACAGUCCUGGGCUCUAGCCACCAGCAGCCCUGCUGCCACAAGGUCUGUUCUGGUCCCUGUUCCUGCCGGGCUGUCCUUCUUUGGCCAGAAACAAUAAAACCACUUGUGCCCAUCUCAUGGUCUUGGCAUCACACUCCUCUGGAGGCCAGGUCUUAGGAGCAGGCAGGACCUGGGCAGUGGUGGGAGUGGGGAGGGAGGGCCAGGCCAAGCUGAUUUGGUAGUAGUUGGAGGUGUGGGCCUGAGCAGAGGCUGAGCUCAAGAUGAUGUACAGGCUUUGGCCAGAUGGUGGCACUGUUCCAUGAGAAGAUAGCCCAAGGAGGAGGAACCCUGUGGGGAGGAUUUAGAUGAUUUAGGGGAGGAUUUAGCAUUUAGAGAUGUACAUUGGAGGGGCCUGAAAAAUAAAAAGUGGGUAGAUUGGUCUGGAAGCCCAAAUGGAAGUGUGAAAGUCAUUGGAUCGUAAGUGUCAGAGAGUGGCUGACACCAUGGAUGCAUACAAGUCACAUAAAAUUUGGGAGGAGAAAAAAAAAUUGGGGGAGAAAAGGAGAGGAGAAGGAAGGGCUAAGGUUCACUCAAAGGGGACAGAUGUGGCUCAAGAGGGGAAAACUACUUCUCCAAGGAGUUCAUCUCUCAAUAUGCUUCCUGGGCACUGGAGUGGCAGGUGGGGUGCCCUUGCCCCCCACCCCUAAGUCCCUUGGAAACAUUCCCAGCAGAAAUAGCAAAGGUCAAGAAGAUACAGUAGGGGCCGGGGAUUUAGCUCAGUGGUUUUGCCGCAUGCUGCGCAAGCACAAGGACCUAAGUUUGAUCCCCACCCCACACCAAAAAAAAAAAAAAAAAAGAAGAUACAGUAGUAUGGGGCCGAA